UGUAUAGGUGUUCUGUGAAUCUAUGGUCUGGAGCAGUCUGGAGUAAACAAUCAUGUCGUGUGGUUCGGGUGGGCUGGUCUUGGUUCUGGGGUUUAUUUUACGCUUGGGGCUUAUUUAUACACCUCUGGCGCGCCCAGUGUCCGACAGAGUCGAAGUGUCAACGCCUAUGAACUCGUGGAGGCGUGUCACUGAAGGACUCUACCUCCAUCGCAUGCAACUGUCGCCCUAUGAUGGAGAUAUUUUCCAUGAGCCUCCUUUGAGCUUACUGGUGUAUGACUACGUCACGAAGGCUAUUGAUGAGCAAUGGAUACCGCUUUUGUUUAUUGCAUGUGACUUGGUGACAGCCUUACUUCUGGCAGUUGGUGCAAAGAAGUGUGUCUUAUAUAUGGUGGAACAGGAGGCCCAGGCCAAGAAAGCAAAGAGUUCUAGGAAUAUUACACUCACCAUGAAUUCAGCAGGUGCAGUCCCAAAACUUGUGCUGGCAGUGUAUCUGCUAUCUCCGUACAGCCUACUAAAUUGCAUUGGCAUGGCAACAACACUGUUUUCCAACCUUCUUGUGGCUUUAUUUUUUGCCAGUUUUCUUCAUGGAGUAGAAGGAGACGAGUUGUCAUCACCAGGAGCCAUAGCAGAAAGUGGGACGGUGCGGCUGCUGCGGAGCUCCGCGGUGAGGAUGGGGAACGGCACCCUCCACCACAAUGUUACACGAAGGACGAGCUGGUGGCUUAUUGCAUCGGUUGUACUUGCUGUUGAAACAUACAAGUCAUUUUACCCUGUCAUGCUUUUGCUCCCUGCCCUCCUUUACAUGCAUGAGGUGAAAAGAAAUUCUAGUCAUCGAAGUACCAGCCUUGUAAUAUCAGCUGUUGUAACUUUCUUGGUCACCCUGAGUUGCCUCCUGUUUGGAUCAUAUCUGGUUACCAGUUCCUGGCAGUUCCUCUGGUCUACCUAUGGAUGCAUAUGUGCUGUGCCUGACCUGACACCUAACAUUGGUGUGUUUUGGUACUUCUUCACUGAAGUUUUUGAACAUUUUCGGGUAUUCUUUCUCUGGAUCUUCCAACUGAAUGCCUUUGUCUAUAUGGUUCCACUGGGCAUUCGUCUAAGGAAAGAACCACUGCUCUUGUUCUUUUUGGUGGUUGCAUUGACUGCAGUUUUCAAGUCCUACCCGAGUAUUGGUGAUGUUGCCCUCUACACAUCUCUGCUUCCAAUCUGGAGACAUGUCUUUCCAUAUAUGAAGCAGUACUUUCUGGUUGGCUGUAUAUUUGUAUCGUGCUCAGCGCUUGCACCGCUUCUCUGGCACUUGUGGAUUUUUUCAAGUAGUGCUAAUGCCAACUUUUACUUUGGCAUCACACUAGCUUUCAACACUGGCCAGAUUUUUCUCAUCACAGACUUGCUGUUUGCUCAUGUCAAGAGGAAAUUCUAUCUUGAAAAUGGAGACCCCAAGGAGCUAGAAGAAAAGAACAUGAAGUUAGAGCUACGCUAGUAGCAGUGGACUAUAGAUCACUUUUUUAACUUAACAUGUUAGUGGAUAGUUGUGCAUUCAUCACCUUGUGUUUGUUUUAUUCAGUGAUGGCACUGUGUAAUAUCACAUUACUAUGUGUGAUGUCUUGUUCGUAUGUUAGAUGCAUCAAAGUGGCUUACUCAACAUAUACAUGAGUACUUCAUGAUAUAGUCACACAAGGAGUCAUCUCUACAGCAAGUCUUAAUGUUUGUGGUGUGUGUUUCUCUUCUGUGUGUCUUGUCAAAACGUUGCACAAUCCAACCUCUAAAGUCUUAAUGCUUACCGCAUAGUUACUUUUUUUUUACGUUAGCAUCACAAUGCUACAAAGUGUGUGUACAUACUGAAAACAUGAUCUAUUUUUUGUUUGUUCAAUGAGCUGGUAUUAAAUUGGUGCCUUUAUUCAGCAUAA